AACAAAGACUUGAAUCGGCCAAUAACAUAUUACAUCACUGUUAGCUUAUUGAUGGAAACGUAUUCAUUAGAUGGCUAAGUUAGGUAGCUAACAGUUUUAGAUAACCAGUUUGCGAUCCUGAGCUAACGUUUACUAAAGUUAGCUUAGCUAACUAAGAGAGAAAAGUAACAACAUUGCUAUAAAAGUAGCUGAAAACUGAAAUUGAACAUAUUUUCCUAGCUAAAACAUCGUUCGCUUUCAGGCUGUUGAAAAGGACCGCUAGCUAGCUACUUAGCUUAGCCUUUGGAGGCUUGUCCUUUGUUAGCUAGUGUGACGACAUCAAGGCGAUGUUUAUACUAUGACUUCAUAAACGCCCGCUGUAUUUAUUUGGCAUUAUUUUGCAAGCUCAGAAAUUAUGUAGCUUUCCAAGUAUAUAGCUAUUGACUUGCCUUUAACUCCAGACUUGAUUUUAUUGCAAAUUAUACCUCUAUACGUUCAGUAGAGCUGACUAAACAACACUGAAUCCUAGAAAUAAUGUGAAAUUUUCAGAUUCUCUCUCAAAGGGGACAGAUUUCCAGUGGCAUUGGGUAUUUGAGGGAGAAUGCUGCACAGGACCGUCUCCUUCCCCAUUGAGGCGGGACAGCUGCAGCAGCUGGGACUACCGGGCUGUGGCUCCCACGGUGUGACAUCAUGCUCGGUGCUUGACCUCCCGGCUCUCCUCAACGCUCACCAUGGGCAAUGGGAGGAUGAACAGCGGGGCUGGUACCAGGGGCAUGCCGAGGAAGGCCAAUGGGAGGACGAGGGAGGGCUAGUGGUCACGCCCUCUUCUACUGGUAGCACCAGGGGACCCAGGUCAGUGGAAGAUGAUGGCAAUGAUUAUAAAGAGAAGAAGCAAAAUGAUGAGUUUGUCGGGCUGUACGUGUCAGAGGAGGAGAGGAUCCUCAACUCUGCAGACCUGAGUGCAGAGGAGAGGAGUGAUGUUCUAGCAGAGUUGGUGUAUUCCCGAAGCAGACUAAAGCAAUUGAACUCAGAGCUGCAGAGAACAGUGGAGUUAGCCGAUGACAACAACACAGUGCUACGCACUGAGAACGCUGCACUGCGCAACCAAGUUAAAGGGAUGAAGCAGUCGAUCCAUGAUGCAGAGCAGCUGAUGGAUGAGCUGGAGGAGAUCAGGAGCUUAUCAGCUGAGAAGGACGGCGCUACGGGCAACCUGGAGUCCUACAUCAAACAACUGGAGAAAGAGAAGGAGAUUUUGGAAGACCAGAUCGAGACCAUUGGCAGUGAAAUGUCCCGUAUUAUACCAGAUAGAGCCACUGACAAGAAGAAGAUCGCUGACCUCAGCCAGGCUCUACAGGCCUUACAGCUACGGCUAGAGGAGAGCAGACUCACCCUGGAUCAGAGGUAUGAGGUCAUACAUAAGAAGGACUUUGUUGUUGAGCAGCUGGAGCAGUCCCUCAUAGAGUACUCCUCCAUCACACAGGAUCUGAAGGAGAAGAUGAAGGAUCUGGAGAGCCAACUGGCAGAGGCCCUAGUUAAUGGAGGAGAGGGGCGUUACAUGGCGUUAGAUGGGACUCUGUCUGCAGCCACUCAGCGCUCCAUCACUCUAGCGGAGGAAAUGGGUCUACUGCCACGUAGGAUGGUGGGUCGCAUACACACAACAUAUGACCGAUCACUCUUUCCACAUCUUCCCCCAAAGUGCAGAAGUGCUUGUCUGUAGUGUUGUCUUCACUGUUUGGUGAUCAGGUAGUACUACAGGACAGUGUGAGCUUAGGGUUGGGUAGGACUUAGC